GGAAGUCGCUGCGUUAACCUGUGACGUGAGCACGAAAUAGAAUGCGAAAUUUUAAAAUAAUCGCAUCAGACUCGGUGUGUACACUUUAAGUGCGAACAUUUUUCGCACAAAUUUUUCGCAUUUUCGCACCGUCAUUUAGUAUCGUAAGCCUUUCUGGUGUGUACGGGCCUUAAAGCUGUUGUAAGGCGUAUAAAUCAAACUAGCAUCAAAGUGAGUUCUGGCAUUCAAUAGUACAAUGUUGACAAUGUUUAAUCUGUAAGCGGUUUAUCUCGGUGUGACAGAGCGACCGGCUCGUGUUUCCAUAUUCAUCAUGGCGAGUGUUCCAGCGCCCGCAUCGGCCACGAGCGCUCCAUCUCUCAAGGGUACAGGUGCAGAAGCAUCAAGUAAUGGCCUGUCAGACAGCAUUCCCAGCUUCAAGGCGUGUGACCUGGACAUCGAUCUGGUCCAGACCCACAAACCCAAACCGGACCUGGCGGGCCUGGCGUUUGGGACCGCUUUCACGGACCACAUGCUAACGGUGGAGUGGAGCUAUCAGGGCGGCUGGCAGAGACCUCGGAUUCAGCCCUUUGGGAACCUGUCCAUCCACCCGGCCUGUUCCGCUCUGCACUAUGCCAUACAGUUGUUUGAGGGAAUGAAAGCGUACAGGGGGCCGGACAACAGAGUGCGUCUCUUCAGACCAGAGCUCAACAUGAAUCGCAUGUUGAAGUCUGCACUUAGAGCCUGUCUGCCGAGUUUUGACAGGGCUGAGCUGCUGGAGUGCAUCAGGAAGUUGGUGGAAGUGGAUCAGGAGUGGGUUCCACAUUCAGACGCUGCCAGCCUCUACAUACGCCCCACCUUCCUAGGCACAGAGCCUUCUCUGGGAGUGAAGAAGCCGUCCCAAGCUCUCCUCUAUGUGAUCCUCAGUCCGGUGGGCUCGUACUUCACCACGGGGGCCAAGCCUGUGUCCCUGUGGGCAGACUCCAAAUACAUACGCUCCUGGAAAGGAGGCACGGGGGACUGCAAGAUGGGAGGGAACUAUGGCGCCUCCAUCUUUGCUCAGUAUGAAGCAGUGGAUUAUGGGUGCCAGCAGGUCCUCUGGCUGUAUGGGGAUGACCAUCAGAUCACUGAAGUGGGAACCAUGAACCUCUUCCUCUACUGGACAAAUGAGAAAGGAGAGGAGGAGCUGGCAACACCCCCACUGGAUGGCAUCAUCUUGCCGGGCAUCACUCGACAGAGCAUCCUGGAGCUGGCAGUAAAAUGGAAAGAGUUCAAGGUAUGCGAGCGCUACCUGACCAUGUCGGACCUGCGGUGUGGACUGAAGGAGAACCGGGUCAAGGAAAUGUUUGGUUCUGGUACCGCUUGUGUGGUCAGUCCAGUUGGACGUGUUCUGUACCAGGGAGAGAACUUGCAGAUUCCGUAUCAACAGGAGAAUUCCCUGGCCUCCAGGCUUCUAAAGGAGCUGACAGACAUACAGUAUGGCCGCACACCAAGUGAAUGGAGCUUCCUGGUGUAACCUGAGGUUUCUGAACAUGGGAAAGGUGGACCUCGCAGCUAUGGGACGAGGGCGAAGUCACACUGACGGACAAACAGACAAGUGAAUCUGCGAGGAUCCGCACAUGCACAAACACACACACACACACACACACACACACACACACACACACACACACACACACACACACACACACAAAUGCGCACACACACACAGACACAAACUCAUACUUACCAAAAUGUACUCUUUCUCUCUCUGUUCAUGCAAUGUUGUGUUAAAGUACCAUUGGGACUAUGUAUGCUCUCAUAACACUGGGGUUGUGCAUCCCUUCCUCUGAAAGAGUAUACUGUCUUUCACUUUGAUCUUUUGGGAACUACCAAAAUCUUAUCCACUAUGGAGUGCAUUGGUGUUAGCAAUUCUGUCUCUGUAGAGGAAUACUCUCUUUCUUGGUCACCCGUGUACACUUAGACAACAUACAAAUUCCGGUGGUCACAAUGCAUGCACAUUUACACUUAAAGGUGCUAUAAGCGAUGUAAUGCGGACAAACCAGACGAGAUGUGUGUUUGGGAAAGUUUCAAUUGCACGGGAGGGAGGGGGAGGGAGUAGCGAGCUAGCUCUCUGUUUUGUUUGAACAUCAACAGAAGUGACGUUACCCUGCAUCGCUUAUAGCACCUUUAAACUUGAUGAUAAGUAGCUGAUACACCACUUUUGGUACUCUUAACACAUGCAUCAUUCCCAGUUAGUGAUCCCAAGAUCAGACUUGUAUACACUCUGCCAUCAUAGCUAAUGAUACAGAUUACCAAUGGGCAUGCAGUAACUUAAUAGAGACAGCUAUAGAUGGAAAUAGCUUCAGAGUACUUUGCGCAUCAUUUCAAAAACUCCAAAGAACAAAUGCAGUGAUAGUGAUUAUGUCAUGAUAAUUAUAUGCAAGUGAAGUGAAGUGAAGGUGUUGCACAAUAUAUGUUGCCCUUCUGUACUGUCCUGUGUGUAUCACUAUACUCUAUUAUAUACUAUACGGUGAAACCAUAAGCCAUUUGCUCCGCAUUACCUAUGUAACAUUUCAUCUCACAGACGACAGGUAUGACAAGUUGGGGAGGCAGAAAAGAGAAGCACAGAUUUCAAUGACCAUUGAUUUCCAAUGUUUUGUGUUACCCGUUGAGCUUACCGGACGCUGUAAAGCCCAAAAGAGUUUUGAGGCCAUGAAGCUCAAUAGAAUUCUCAGUGAAUACAUGGAGUGACUAUAGACGCUACUGCAGGUGGAAUCACAAACAUUUUGAACUUUACCAGCAUGUUGUUAGGCGCUCUAAGUAAUGUUAAACAUUUUUUUUGUCAGAUACAGCAAACAUCACCUCACCAUCCACUAGCUGCCUGUGCCCUGAAUAUACUGUAAAAAAAAUGCGGCCUCUGUGGAUAGCCCAGGCUCCAAAAAUAGCAACAAAAACAACCUGGUCCAGCCUGGACCAUAAAAAACAUAACACACUUUUUCGGCCAAUCACAAACGUGAUUGCGUGUUUAGGAGAGUUUUGUACGGGAGGUAGGGGGAGGUAGCAAGCUAGCUCUCUGUUUUGUUUGAAUGUCAACAGAAGUGUCGUUACCCAACAUCGCUUAGAGCUCCUUUAAAAAGCAAACCAGCACUGUAUCCUAGAUGAAGAACCAGCCAGAGUUGAGUUAGGGUAGAGCACAUGUGGGCUGCACACACACACUGUACACUGCAGUAUAGACUCUAGCAAUAUGCUAAUGCGCUAACAGCACUUUUCAAUGCACUGCAGAUAGAAGUAAGCCCUCAGGACAGUUAAACGACAGCUGCUCACUGAGUCUGGGCCAUGCCUCACUGACUCGAUGGUCAGUAUCUGAUGUAGAGUAUCUGGUCAGAGGUACGGUUGUUUCCGUUCCAGAGUUUGCUUCUAUCUGAAGGUCGUUUUAACUAGAAGGAUACUUGGAGAGUGCAGACCCCUGUCAAAGCAAUUGCACUAAUAUGCAAUGUUAAAGAAUUGUUUUUUUAAUUUAUUUUUUUAAAUCCUGGAUCUGUCUUUUGACCCGGAUCCUCUCGAAAAUGUGAUGGGUCUUUUCUUUGGCCCCAUGCUCCACCAAGCUUCAUGAAAAUUCGGCUGGUGGUUUUUGUGUAAUCUUUCUGACAGACAAAACAAGCUGGAAAAUGACAAUGAAAACAUAGUUUACUCUGGUGAAAAUUGCACAUAAAAUGGAGGGCGGGGAACCUCACACAACAGUAUUGACUAUAGUGUCUUACUAUGAAUGGGUCUCAGUGCCCAUAAAGGCCCAUGUUAUUUCCCAAUCUCUCUCCCACUUCUAUCUCCACUAUAGACCCUUUCAACAAGGUAAACAAAAACAAUGAUUGAACAUUCUAUUUGGGCCCCAAUCUACUUCCUCUGCAUUAAGAUAACAUAUGGAAUGUUAAAAAGGAAGUCUUGUGGGGCCAACUAUGAUGCUGACAAUGGAACUCUCUUGAAAGGGUCUAUUCCUGUCAGAAUGGCCAUCAAAUCUAGAAACAACUCCUUAACAGGCACAUAGUAUGAAACAGACAUCACUGCAUAAUCAGGCAUACUUGAAAGUACACCCCGAGUCUUGAAGCACCAUUAUCUUAAUUGUGCACUUUUUCCUUGUCAGUGCCCCCUAACUGUGAGUAAAUAAAUAAUAUAUUUACUGUAUGUGUAAUGUGUGGGUGUGUGCAAAGGGACUAUUAAAUUAUUACACUGUAGAAUAUUCCCACAGUCCAAGACAGUAUAAUGUUGGCAGACGCAGAAACAAGUUAAUGAAGUUUAUGCCGAACGUCAUAAGGCUUAACUGGAAAACGGUCCUAAUCACAUCCGCGUAAAGGUCUAUAGGCUACACUUAAAACAGUGUUAAAUGUUUGGGCCACUGAUAUUCAAAUCAGUGUUGAUGGGUGUAAAACAUAUCUUCAUAAUCUUCAUUUGCUUUUGUACAAAGCAAUAACAUACGAAUUUUAAAAGCAGGUUAACAGUAUUACCAAUUUGCCGAUUGCUGAAUCACUGUCAGAAUCAGUGUUACCACUCCACAAGCAGACAUGAUUAGACCUGUGUACCAGUUUUUAGCCUUCUGACAUUUGGCAAAAAAUGCAUUACUGACAAAAUCUAGAAAAAAUAAGGUCCUCACACCCGCUUUGUUAAAUUGUUAAUAUGUGCAUUCCUAUAGGUCUCUGACCACACUAAUAAUAGCAAUACCAAGUGCUUGUCAUUCUGUUUAGGCUAAGAUAUGUAAGAGUAUAUGUAACAUGUUUUCAAAUUGUUUUCUUGUAGCUUUAGUUCAUAUAGACCCCAGUUGCCUUGACAGACAUAUUUGUGAUCUGUGGGUGAUGCGUAAAAUGUGUUAUACAUAGAGUUCUAUAUUUAUAUAGGUGUGACAUGCAGUUAUUUAUGUGAAGCGUUGGAUGUGUUGAAUUGAGCAUUUGUCACCCAGAUCCAAUUAAUAAACAAGUAUCAUAUA